AUGAAAAUGUUGGACCCCCUGGCCGAAGCUCGUCGGGGUGGGAGUCUGCGGCCCUGCGGCGGCCGGUUGCCAUGGACGCUGCGCUGGACGCUGGGCAGCGUGUGCGUGCUGACCCUGCUGAACUCGGCUGGGCUGCUGCUGCUGCUGAUCCAGAGCAGAGAGCUCGGAGAACGGGUGGCUCAGGCCGAGUCCCGGCUGGAGGAGAUCGCUCAGAGCUCCGUGGUGGAGUUCAUGACGGAGAUGAGCCGAGGUCAGGAGGAGAUACAGGAGGAGCUUUAUCAGUACUCCAGAAACAAGAGGAGCCAGGAGCUGAGGCAGGCGCAGGUUCUGGAGCAGCUGGAGCUGGAGGAGAAGCUGGCAGAACAGUCAGGGAUGGGGAUCGGAGAGGAUCUGCCCAAAGACCUCCAUCGAGAAGCGGAUCAUGAGCGGAAGAAGCUUCAGGAGCAUCCAGACGUCCAUCCCUCUCAGACCCACCAGAGAACACAGCUACACGAUGGAAUGAUGAUGAUGAUGACGUACUCCAUGGUGCCGGUGAAAGUCUUGUUGGAUAUCUGUAACAGCACUAAAGGAGUCUGCCUCACUGGACCCCCCGGACCACCAGGUUUACCAGGUGUGGAUGGAAUGCCAGGAUAUAAUGGGACUGAUGGAAUUCCUGGACUUCCAGGAGAACCUGGAACACAUGGGAAGCGAGGGAAAAAAGGUCCUCCUGGAGAAAAAGGUGACCGAGGUGAGCCUGGGGAGAAAGGUGACCCAGGACCACCUGGAGAAAAAGGAGAACCUUCUAACGACGUAAUUGUAGAAGGUCCACCUGGUCCAGCAGGGCCUCCUGGUGCCCCAGGUCCAAUGGGGCCACCUGGGCUUCCGGGACCACCUGGACCACCCAGGUCUGGGAGAAACAGAAGCCACAGAGCGCACCUGCACACUGACCAAACAACUGAAGGGCACACAGGUUUCCUUCAAACAGUCCCAAAUGACGGCCAAGGACCAGGAAAUAAAGUCAAAGCCUCAAAAAAUGAGUGCAUUAUUAAGUCAGUGCAGAACCCAAGUAAUCUGGCUAAAAUGACCACCACAUACGGAGCCUGGAUGAAAGACACAGCAGUAAAGGACGACGAGAAGAUCUGGGUGGCAGAACAUUUCUCAGGUCGCAUUGUAAAGGCGUAUAAGAGCAUCGCUGCUCUGCAGAACAGCAGCAGUCAGUCUAUCGAUGUUAGGAAGUUCUUCCAAGGCUGCAGUCACCUGGUUCACAAUGGCUACAUCUACUUCCACAUCGCCGGCACCUUCAACAUCGCCAAGUUUAAUCUCCAGACGAAUCGCUUGCACACACUGGCCAUAGAGAACGCGCUCUACCACAACCUGUCGUACCUGCUCAACAACUCCAAGACGUACUUUAAAGUGGCAGCGGACGAGAGCGGGCUGUGGCUCAUCUUUGCCUCCAGCAUCGACGAGAACAUCGUGGUGGCCCAGCUGGACGAGAAGACGUUCUCCAUCACGACAUACAUCAACACCAGCUAUCCCAGAAGCAAAGCUGGAAACGCCUUCAUCGCCUGUGGCGUUCUUUAUGUCACCGACACCAAAGACACCAGAGUGACCUACGCUUUCGACCUGCUGAAACAGAAACCGGUCAACGUAAGCUUUGACCUGUGGUCUCCUUCUGGAGUCCUGGCCAUGCUGUCCUACAAUCCUACAGAUAGACACCUGUAUGUGUGGGACGGCGGAUAUGUAAAGUCAUACGAAGUGCAUUUUCUGUCUGACGAACGAGCUGGUUAAAGCUGUAAACUGUGAUUGGAUCUGAUUAUGAUUCUUCAAAUUUCUCCAUAAUUCAGCUUAUUUUGGGACAAUUAAGACUGGAGGAUAAAUAGGGGAAUAAAUAGGGGAGAGAUUUUCAUUUUGGCCAAAAAAAAGACCCAAUAUUUUAAAUUUUGUAUUAAAAUUUAUUAUAAUUAAUUCAUUUUUGCUGCUUUAUGGAGUCUACAAUAAGUUAUUUUUGUGUGAUUCUGGGAGGAUUUUAUGUUUUUCAUGUCAUGUAUAUGUUUUUAUUAGUUUUUGCAACAAAAAACCUCCAAUUUCAGAAUUUGACCUGACUCAGAAGUAUCUUUUAAAAUUUAACCAGAGGAAACAUUUACACAAUAGUGGAAUAUAGACAUAAAACUUAUUAUAGCUAUUUAUAGAUCUUUAUAUUUAAAAACAGGAAUUUUAUUUUUGGCCAAAAUAUUUUUUUCCAAAAUCAAUAUCAGCUGAAUCACCAGCUCCAGAUCAAUGCCUCACAAUGCACUGAUGUAUUUAACACCCAUAUUGAAGCUCCAGCCUAAACAGAUGUAUAAACAGGUUUACACACUAAACACACCUUUAUCGUGCACAGCAAUGUGGUUUUAUUUACUACUGUUCAUAUGAAAUAUCUGACUUCUAUCAUCAUGACGUUGAGACUAACAGAGAGCAACUAAAUCUAACAGGGCUAAAAAUUUGUUGUGUAUAAUUUUAUGUAUGCAUUUAUGUAUUGCACUGCAUUUUGUUUAUAUGUUACAGAUGUUGUUUGUAACACUAUCCUCCUACACAAAAUUGAAGGUGUUGUAUUUUGGCGUAUAUGAUUAUGAACCUUGUAUAUACAUUUUCUGAUGACUUACAGCACGCUCUAUACCCGUAACUGUUUUUUGUAACAUGCUGUCCUUUGUUGAAUAUUAUACGUUUUGUGUAUAUUUAAAGAAAUAAAUAUAUUCUAAAAUACAUUUGUUAACCUGAACAGGUGUCAG